AUGGCCGACUAUGAAAAGAAAGAACCUGGCUUCGGCGAGGGCAACGUCCUAAAGCCUGAUGAUGCCAUCGACAUAGAAAUGAGACGCGAUUCCACCAUGGUACAUGGUCGCAAGAUGAGCAGGAUCGGUCCGCCCCCCAAGAUCGGUUCUUUGCCCGAUACAUCAGGCUCGGAGGAUGAGUACGGCAAUUUGGUUGCAAUGGAGGCCAAUGAUGCCAUCAAAUAUAGGACUUGCUCCUGGCAGAAGACUGCUGCUCUCCUCUUCUCCGAAUAUAUUUGCUUGGCCAUCAUGUCCUUCCCAUAUUCGUACUCGGUCCUUGGUCUGGUGCCGGGGAUUAUCCUUACAGUCGUCCAGGCUGCAUUCGUUCUCUACACGUCUCUGGUUGUCUGGGAAUUCUGUCUCCGUCAUCCUGAAACAAGAGACGUCUGUGAUAUUGGACAGAUGCUGUUCUGGAAUUCAACAUGGGCCUGGUACUUUACGGCUGUCAUGUUCAUUUUGAACAACACUUUCAUUCAAGGGCUCCACGUCCUCACUAUUUCGCGCUAUCUGAAUACCAUGAGCGGCCACAGUGUUUGCACCGUUGGCUUUGCGGCCAUUGGCGCCGUUGUGUCAUGGGUUUGUUCCAUGCCGCGCACCUUUAGUGCUCUGUCGAAACUCGCCGCAUUUUCAGCCUUCUUCACAUUCGUUAGCGUCAUCCUCGCUGCUGCUUUCGCCGGCGCAGAAGGCAAGCAUGGUACAGCUGGCUACAAUCCGGACCCGAACCACGUCAACGCGUUGGGGGUAAAGCAAGGCGGCGAGCCGCUCGUUCUCGCAGUCCCACUGGCCGGGACAACGUUCGUUUCCGGAAUGAACGCUUUCCUGAACAUCAGCUAUACAUUUAUCGGACAGAUCACGCUGCCCAGUUUUAUUGCCGAGAUGAAGAACCCCUAUGAUUUCCGCAAGGCGCUUUGGCUGGUUACCAUCUGCGAAAUCAUUCUUUUCAGCCUCGUUGGCGGCAUUGUCUAUGGCUAUACAGGCACCCAGUACAAUACAGCGCCCGCGUUCGGCAGUCUCGGCAACGACAUUUACAAGAAGAUAUCCUUCUCGUUCAUGAUCCCGACGCUCAUUUUCCUCGGCGUGCUCUACGCCUCUGUGUCCGCGCGCUUCGUCUUCUUUCGCCUCUUUGACGGCACGAGGCACAAGAGCUCGCACACCGUCGUGGGCUGGCUAUCCUGGGCCGCCAUUCUGGGGGCGACGUGGGUUCUGGCCUUCGUCAUCGCCGAGGUCAUCCCCUUCUUCGCCGACCUCCUUUCUCUGAUGAGCAGUCUGUUUGAUUCUUUCUUCGGCUGGAUCUUCUGGGGCGUCGCGUACAUGCGCAUGCGGUACGCGGAUUUGGGACCGGGGUUUUGGCGGAAGAGGGGCAUCCGUGGAUGGGUUGGGUUUCUGAUGAACAUAUUCAUCAUUGUUGUGGGAUUCUACUUUUUGGGCGUGGGCACUUAUGCCUCCGUCGACAGUAUUGUUUUGGACUACGAGAACGGAAACGUCAGGGGCGUCUUCACCUGCGCCGACAACUCGGUCUAG